AUGCUGAAUGAGAGGCAGUUCAAUGAGAUGUUCUUCCCAGAAUACGGGUUUGUAGACGAUUCUGAAGAUGUAACCAAUACAGAUUGGGCUCUUCGAGAUGAUCUGUCCUACAAUGAUGAGAGAGAAUUCAACGCACUCGAUUUCCCGGAAGAUGCAGCGAAUCCAGAUGGCACAAUCAUUGUCAAGCGUGAGGAGGAGGGAGAGGAGUCCCAUGGUGGUCCGCCCGGAACUGCAAACGUCAGUACUCCCUUAGCCGAAACGACGGUCCAAGACCCAUCGACACCUGACCCCAAUGCCGAGCUUGAUGACGCCUUGCUUGCCGACAACGCGGCUGUUCAUUCCCGCUGGUCCCAGCUGCAACGAAUCUCCGCCAACCUUGAUCGUGUCCAGGAAGUCAUUCGUGACGACGAAGCAAAGAUCAAAGCACAGCUCGAGGAACUUUGGGUCGACAACACCGAUGUCCGCAGACGUGGUCUCCGAGGUGGCACAGCGCGCAAGAACAGAAAGGACCACGGCAACUACGUCAAGUUCGGGGAGACUGCUGCGAUGAGUGCAGAGUUCCACCAACACCGCCUGGACGUCGAAAAGCAGGACUACGAGGGCCGCAACCGCCAGGCUGGGCUCGCUGCACUGAGAGACAUGUUCGAACAGACACACAGAUGGAUCGCGAAGCAAGUGGAGGUCUGUGAGGACAUGGUGCGCUCCAUGGCCAUCGCGGCGCACUUCGUCCGUGUGCCAGCAGUCGAUGCCAAGCUCUCCAACAUGCAUGCCAUUGUCUUUGGAGAGCCCGAAGAGAAUCGCUCUGCGAAGAUUGCGGAUAUUGAACAGAUGCUCGCGGCUUUCGCCGAGGAGUACCAUCUCAACCUGGAAUAA